AUGUAUAUUCCAGAUGGAGACAGAUCUGUAAACAGUGAGCAAGUAAUUUCCAGUAGCAAAAGUGCAGAUCCUCCUCCACCGUACACCGCAGUAGACCCAUUACGUGAUCAAAAUGUAGUAACUAACCAACCAGUAAUACAUCAGACCAUAAUUGUGCAACAGUGCCUUAAAGAUGAACCUGUGCUUAUAGAUUGUCCUAGUUGUCAUAAAAGAUGUAUGACAAAAGUAGAAUAUGCUAAUUCCAGAAAAACUCAUAUGCUUGCUGGAUUUCUCUGUGGAUUGACAAUGUGGUGCUCCCUAUGUUGUCUAGCAGCUAUACCCUAUUUGCUAAGAACAUGUAAAAAACCUGAACAUUACUGCUCUAAUUGCAACUACUACCUUGGAUCAGCAUCCAAAUUUUAA